GCAAACAACAUGGUGAUCCAAACCGCCUGCAGGCACUUCCGUGGAAGCCAGGCCAGGCCGGGGGACAGCCGGGGAGCGCCACACAUCGUGACAUCGAGCGUGGAGCACGACUCCGUCCGCCUGCCGCUGGAGCAGCUGGUGAAGGAGAAACUGGCGGAAGCCACCUUUGUGGCUGUGUCCCCGCAAAGCGGGCGGGCUGAGGUGGACGAUGUCCUCGCUGCCAUCCGACCAACCACCUGCCUGGUUUCCAUCAUGUUGGCCAAUAACGAGACUGGGGUCAUCAUGCCUGUAACAGAGCUGAGCCAGCGCGUCCGUGCCCUCAAUCAGCGGAGAGUGGCGGAGGGGCUGCCCAGGAUCCUGGUGCACACAGAUGCGGCACAAAUGAUUGGCAAGGGGCGCGUGGAUGUGCAGGAGCUGGGGGUGGACUACCUCACCAUCGUGGGACACAAGUUCUACGGCCCACGGAUUGGUGCGCUGUACGUGCGCGGCCCCGGCACCACCACCCCGCUGCACCCCAUGCUCUUUGGAGGGGGACAGGAGAGGAAUUUCCGGCCGGGCACCGAGAACACCCCAAUGAUCGCUGGCCUCGGCCAGGCUGCAGAGUUAGUGAGCAAGAACUGGGAGGCCUACGAGGCUCAUAUGCGGGGUGUUCGGGAUUACCUGGAGGCCAGGCUGGAGGCCUCCUUUGGGAAGCAGAGGAUCCACCUCAACAGCCACUUUACGGGUUCCAAGCGACUCUGCAACACCUCUAACUUCUCCAUCCUGGGCCCAGGCCUUCAAGGGCGAAGGGUGUUGUCUCGCUGCAAGACGCUUCUGGCCAGCGUUGGGGCUGCCUGCCACUCGGAGAAAGGGGAUCGGCCCUCCUCGAUUCUGCUCAGCAGCGGGAUCCCCUACGCCGUGGCACAGAACGCCUUGCGGCUGAGCGUGGGGCGAGACACCACCCGGGCAGACGUAGACCUGGUUGUGCAGGACCUUGUGCAGGCUGUGGCGCAGCUGGACCAGGACGAAGCCCCGUAGCCCCCAGGAAUCGCUCCCCAGCCGUCACCCAGGUUCUCAGG